AUGUCUCGUUCAUUCUUGGUAGAUUCACUAAUCAGUGAUAAGUGUAGUUCGAAAUCAGUGAAAUCAGAAAUGCCACAAACCAUUUUAGCACCAUCGCAUCCAGCACCAUAUUCCCCAUCGUAUAUUGGAAGUUAUUUAUUUUCAUUAAGUCUCCAACAACAGCAGCAGCAACAACAAAUGUUGCAAAGACAUUAUCAAUCACCGUCGCGUGAUCAUAUACUGGAUUUAACAGGACAUAAACCUUACAUUCCAACAAAUUUACCACCCAUUUUCGUGCCAACAUCUACAAACUAUUACGAAAGAGCAUUAAUCCUCAAGAGCUCACCAACAUCUGCGAGAAAGCAUUCCGUGAUUGAGUCUCGUUCGCCAUCAAUUUCACCUCCAAUUAUGAGAAAUGAAAUGAAAAGAAGCUUAUUUGCACCAUACGAUUUAACUGAACGUCCUUUACAUCCAAGUUCACCAAAAUCAAAUUCAUCGUCGCCAACUCCACAAGAUGAUUCAGAUUCAUCAAGUAAAAGAAUAAGAACAGCCUUCUCUAGUACACAACUUUUGGAUUUAGAGCGUGAAUUUUCGACAAAUCAAUACUUGACUCGACUCCGACGCAUAGAAAUAGCAACAAGAUUGAAAUUGUCAGAGAAGCAAGUCAAAAUAUGGUAG